AUGGCCCAGCGCGGCGGCCCCGCGGUGCUCCCGGACAACCCCUUCCAGGACCCCGCGGCGGUGCAGCCCCGGCCCGGCCCCGAGCGCGCGGCGCUGGACGCCUACAACCCCUUCGAGAGCGGCGCGCCGCCGCUGCCGCCGUACCAGGCCCCGGCGGCGGCCCCGCCGCCCCAGCCGGUAUCCGGUAUACCGCCGGCGGCGGCCGCGCAGCCCCCGCGGAAGGCCAGCCCCACGGAGCCCCGGAACUACGGCUCCUACGGCACGCAGGCCUCGGCCGCAGCCGCCACGGCAGAGCUGCUGAAGCGGCAGGAGGAGCUGAACCGGAAGGCGGAGGAGCUGGACCGGCGGGAGAGGGAGCUGCGGAACGCGGCCCUCGGCGGCACCGCAACGAGGCUGAACAACUGGCCCCCAUUGCCGUCCUUCUGCCCGGUGAAGCCCUGCUUCUACCAAGACAUCCCCGUGGAGAUCCCUGCUGACUUCCAGAAGACCGUUUCUACCAUGUAUUACCUCUGGAUGGCCAGCACCAUUGCUCUCUUCCUGAACUUCUUGUCCUCGCUGGCCUGGUUCUGCGUGGAGCCCUCAUCCGGCUCUGGGUUUGGCCUCUCCAUUCUCUGGGCUCUCCUCUACACGCCCUGCUCCUUUGUCUGCUGGUAUAGGCCGAUGUACAAAGCUUUCAGGAGUGACAGUUCGUUCAACUUCUUUGUCUUCUUCUUCGUCUUCUUUGCCCAGAACGUGAUGUACGUGCUGCAGGCGAUUGGCAUACCAAACUGGGGAUUCAGUGGCUGGAUAUUGAGCCUGAUAGCGCUGCGGAAGAACACAGCCGUGGCUGUGAUGAUGAUCCUGGUGUCCUUGUUCUUCACAGCGGUGGCUGUGUUGGGCAUCAUCAUGCUGAAAAAGAUCCACUCUCUGUACCGCCGGACGGGCGCCAGCUUCCAGAAAGCGCAGGAGGAGUUUGCUGCGGGGGUCUUCUCCAACCAGGCAGUGCGCACGGCGGCUGCCAACGCUGCCGCGGGUGCUGCCACCAAUGCCUUCCGGGCGCCCUAGCUGGGCGGGGGUCCCCCGCUUCUCAUCGCACGUGGGCUCUUUCUAAGGAAGAGGCAAUCCAAGCUGCACUUUCAUUGGAUCCCCGUGUGUCUGCAUCAGCUGUCAGAGGCUGCCUCAUCCCAGCUUGGAAGUGCUGGUGCCUGAAUCGUCCUGCUGCUCUAACCCUUUUCCUCACGGAUGGAGGCUGUUACCCACCUGUUUGUGCUGGUCCCCUCCCGUCAACGGACUGGGGAAGGAGCGGGAUGGGAGCUGCUGCAGCCAAGCCCUGCGCAGGUCAUCGCUCUCCCUUCCAGCACCACGAGCCUCCUCCAGAUGUGGGACAGGGGCUGAAGUGGCUGCUCCCCGUCCCUGUGUUGGCCAAGGCUCUCCUGUUCCCCCCCUGCCCCUGGUGCUGCCACUUGUGUGCCCCAGGGCACACAGGGUUCCCCGUGUGCCCUGUCCCAGGGCGUGCAGGGGCCAGCUCUUCCCUGGAGGUUUUUGCCUGCCUUCCCUCUGACACGGGACCUCAUUCUCUGCCAAGAAAAUUGUCACCCCCUUUCCCCUGGGGCUUGCUCCGGUGGUGUGGGGCUGGCUCUGUCUCCAGCGUGCUGAGCUCAGGGGCAGCCCCCCUCCAGUGCUGUUCCCUGUCCUCUCCCCCUCCCCUUUGCUGGCCUGAGCCCGCUCCAGGCCCAGGGAUAAGGAGAGUGGGACUGGGACAGGCACGGGGGAGGGCUCCUGGUACCGCCUUAGCUCCCUCCUUGCCUCCAGCGAGGGACUGAACAGCUUCUCCCUUCCUCUGCCUGCCCCGGGCCCAGUGACCCCUCGCUCCCCCUGGCACUCAGGGGCCUUCGCCCUUCUCGGGGCUGAGCCACUGCCCCGUGUCCCUGCUAGCCCCCGACGUCCCCCCUCGCAUGUGCCAGUGUCCUCGGGGAUCCCUGGGCCUGAUGUCACUGCGCCGGGUCUCACGAGUUCUGCUUCGCCCCAUCUCCUCUCCCACAGCCCCUGGGCUGGCGACGGGCUUCGUGCCUUCAUCUGGGGGGGCCCGUGCACCCCACAGGUCACCCGUAGCCACGGCUCUGCCGUGUCCUGCUGCCGUGGGGGCUGGCACGGG